AUGAAAUUUUUAUUCUUUUUAGUUUCCUGCUUUCUAGCGCAAUUUGAAGACCAAAAUAGAGACGCUUGCAAUGAAAUUGAUUGCAACUACUUCCAGGAUCCGUUUUCUUGGCCUUCUUGCUUUGUGAGAGGAGAUGUGGCUGUAGAUCUGUCCCUUCAUCCCUGCAGGUUACUCCUCGCUGAUUGCAAAAAAGAGCCGUUCUACGCCGGAAAGUGCAGAAAAGAAGAAUACGGCGAUCAAAUUAUAAUUUCCGUCGAAUCCGAAUACGGGCUUUGCGAGCCGAGUUACUGUAGCAGAAUCGGCGUUUGCUUUUACGAGUACUUUGACACUUCCGUUUGGAAAUGCAUCUGCCCGACUGGCUACCACGGAGAACACUGCCAACACAAGUACGUCGCCCGAUACCGCAAUGGAUAA